AUGGAGGUUCAAUGCUCUCAUUCCAUAGUUUUGCUGUUAAUCUGCAUGAUUUUAAUUGAUUUCUCAUGGAUGGGAGCUGGGGCAAAGCCACAAUUUACGGCAAUGUAUGUGUUUGGUGAUUCACUUAGUGAUCCCGGAAACAGUCUAUAUUUCCACACAACGGCAACAAAAUCCAACUAUUUUCCUUAUGGUAUCGAUUUCCCUGAUGGACCUACCGGAAGAUUCAGUAAUGGGAAGAUCAUAGUAGACUUUCUUGCUGAAUUGAUGGGAUUGCCUCUGCUUCCGCCCUACAAAAAUCCUACUGCAGCAGGAAUUCUUGACGAAAGUGGAAUUAAUUUUGGUCAUCGGAUCCCUUUAAGUGAACAAAUUCAGAACUUCAAAAACACCGUGAAUCAAUUGAGAACUCAAAUGGAAGAGGAGGAAAUGAGCCAAUAUCUGGCUAAUGCUUUAGUAAUUAUGGCCAUUGGUGCGAAUGACUACAUUAACAAUUAUCUGAUGCCUCUAAUAUUCAAGAGUAGCCACAUUUACAGUCCGGAGGAUUUUGCUGAUCUUCUCAUAAAUCAAUAUGCGAAUUAUAUAUUGGAACUCCACAACUUUGGUGUAAUGAAGUUCUUUUUAGUGGACAUUCCACCAUAUGGAUGUACGCCUUUUCAACUGAUCACUAGCCAUGCGCUACCAGGACAGUGUAUAUCAAUUACUAAUAACAUUGUGAAAAUGUUUAACUCACGACUUAAGUAUCUUGUUGCUCGCCUAAAUUCAGAUUUCCAAGAUUCUCAGUUCGUUUAUGGCCCUGCUUACAGAUGGUUUUUUGAGUUGCGUGACAGUCCAUCUGCUUAUGGGUUACUGGUAACGGUCAAAGGUUGUUGUCGCUUUGGACCUAAAAAUUUUGGACUACUAUGUCUUCGAAGCAUCACACUUUCCAUGUGCCAAUAG